AUGCUGAUGCAUACUACCGGUCUGAUGAGGGAUCAUGAGUCUUGUUUGAUGGCUUGUGGUCUUAGACGAGACUGGUAUCUGCAGUACGACAGAGGAACAACGAUGGAGUGCGAUUGGAACUGUACUUCAGUACCGUAUGUACAAUCUGGAGGAAGGAUCGGUCAGAUUUAUGAUGGACCGGAACGUUGGCGGGAAAUGAGCAAAAGAUCAAGAGAAAUCGACGGAUGGCAGGACUUCGAGAUCAAGCCUGCUUUGAUCGGUCUAGUACAGAGAAAGGUGUUUUCUGGUCUCUUUACAGAAAUUCCAAUGGAGCAUAUUGAGAGCUUCGAAAAAGUCUGCAGUUUCACUCGCGCGAAUGGUGUUCCACCAGACUACAUCAGGUGCAUGUUAUUCCCAUUCUCUCUUGAUGGAAAAGCUGCACGGUGGUUGAACUCUCUCCCUACCGGCUGUCUCACUUCAUGGGAACAGAGUGCUAUGAACUCUGCCAGCAAAGGAGACUUCAUGACUCAGACCACUAAUGGAGCGUUUGAGCUGAUUGAGAUCAUGGCUACCACCUCAGCCAAUAAGAACGAGGAGAGUGAUUGCUACAAGAAAGGGAACAAUUCCGACACCCAGAAGAUAGAUGAGCUGACUGCCAAAGUUGAUCAGCUACUGAAAAAAAACAAGAGCACGUCUUCAGCAUGGAGCAAUCUACGGCCGGGCAGAUUCAAUCGUAGAGCAAUCGGCAAGCUAUUCCAGCUACCGGGAACAGGUAUGCAGAUUCAUGGCAAGACAUUGAAUCAGUAUGAUACUGUGAGAAACCACAUAAAGAGGAUUGAUGUUCAACUUGCUCAAACAACUGAGAGUGUCAAGAGUCAGCAAGGUAUGCUUCCUGGAAAGAAUGUGAUGAAUCCUAGGGUUGAGCACUGUAAUGCAGCAGAGCUGAGAUGUGAGAAAUAUGAGGGAAAGGAACUGGAGCAACUGUCUGUUGAGACUGUUCCAAACGCAGAAGAGAGAAUAGAGCACUCUACUAGCUCUAAAGUGACUGCUCCCGACGAACUUGCUGAGACUCCACCAGUUCGAGUCUAUGUUCCUAAGGUUCCAUAUCCAAUUCCACCUAGACAUUUGAUGGAUCCUAUUAGUGCAGAACAGCUAGCUGGGUUUAGGAAGAUGGUGAGAAGACUUCCUCAAAAUAUCUCAUUUGAACAUGCUUGGGAGAUUCGGCCAUUGCAUAUGUUCUUCAAAAUUUGCAGAGCAUCUCAGGAGGAUAUCAAGGCACUCUUUACUGAAGCACUGACACCAUCACUGAAGGUACUUCCUAAGGUUGAUGACCCUGGAAAGUUUGUUUAUCCUUGUUCCAUUGCUGGAGUGGAAUUCAAGGAAACUCUUUGUGAUUCUGGGUCAAGUGUGAACCUUGUCUCAAAAGCGAUUGUAGACGAGUUAGGCAUUGUUGAUGUUGAGCUUUCUCUGGUGACUCUGGCUUUUGCAAACUCUUCCAUGGCAGUCCCUUAUGGCACAAUUCGCAACCUUCAUGUCCUAGUUGGGAACUAUAUUCUCCAUACCAAAUUUUAG